AUGCUAGCAGCCUCUCUCACGCUAGCUAGCAGCCUCUCUCACGCUAGCAGCCUCUCUCACGCUAGCAGCCUCUCUCAUGCUAGCAGCCUCUCUCACGCUAGCAGCCUCUCUCACCUAGCAGCCUCUCUCAUGCUAACAGCCUCUCUCACGCUAGCUAGCAGCCUCUCUCACGCUGGCAGCCUCUCUCAUGCUAGCAGCCUCUCUCACGCUAGCAGCCUCUCUCACGCUAGCAGCCUCUCUCAU